AUGCAGCGCUCUCCCGUUGGAGUAAUGGGCGUGGUCCCGGAGGGGCCAACACCUAGCAUCGUGGCAAGGCCAGGGGAAUCCGCUCGUCCACAGACACGUGCGGGCGGCUGCAGGAGCAUCCCUUCAAAAAACGGCUUUUCUUGCUGGGCGCGCGUUCCAAGCUCACCCGCGAAUGAAGCAUGGAUUGGCGCCGCCGCAACAGGCGCCGCUUCCUGCUCCUCACACGUCACGCCCAGGCCUCCUCCUGGUUCGGCACUUCAGCGGUUUGGCUCUUGCCGGCGGUAUCUGGUACGGCAGACAUCCAAUGCCAGCGGCAGCGGUGGUGGUGGUGGCGGUGGUGCUGCAGCUGUGCCCGUUUCGCCGGAUAAUUCGCCGCCAGCGACCAUUGCCACAGAGUCACUUGUUGCUAUAUCACCGCUUACUCCACAGUCUGUCGUACUCGAGGUACCAGUAAUGAUGCUUGAUACGGCAGAGGCCGCGCUCUUGUGUGGUGCUGGCGGUGGCGCUGCUGACGGAGGCCCCACAGCGCCAUCAUUCUUGGAGCCCCCAAAACCCCCAGUACGGCGCCUGCUGCCGCCGCUGCUGCGAGCCAGCCAGGCCCUCUCAAUUGAUGUGCCUUUGGUGGCUGCCGAUGACGGCAUCAGUGGCACUGUCGCCGGCAGCAGCCCGACCUUGCCCACCCGCCGUGGCGGUGGCGGUCUCUGCGGCGGGGGAGGUAGCGCCGUCAAUCCCCGUGGUUGCAUCGGCAACGGUGGGCAAGACUCCUGCGCCGAGCCACAAGAAGGUGCGAUGAGCACAUCAGCGAUGGAGCUGCCGCUGCCGCCGCCAUCACCGCCGCCGCUGCCGCUGACUGUCGAUAUGUACGAACUACCGUCGGCACGGGGCCGCCGGUCGCUGCCGCCGAUGGAUCCGCUUCGUACCUCGACACUGGCUGUUCCGCCGACGUUUGACAGUCAUGAAGCUGAACAGGGUACGGCAGCAGCGGUGGAUAUGGCGGCGAUGCCGUCGGAGUCAUCGUACAAUGCUGCCAGCCCGCCUGGGACGUUAGACGCGACCACAGCUGCGUCCAUGUCUGUAUUCGCAGUACGGUGCAGCAUCCCACCUAGGGUCCCAUGGGACUUGGAUGGGCAAGCGUCACUGGAGCCCCACGGCGCGCUUGGGGUUUCGGCGACUGAGGCUGUUGGAAAUCUGCAUGGUGACGGUGGCGGUGAUGACGUGGACGGAGUUACGGCGGCGGCGGCGGUGGUGACGCCACGUAACCUUCUGGUGCGACAGGCAUCCAGUUUUCACUACACGUCUGGCGGCACCGGAAGCGCCGGGGGGGCCCUAGUCGCACCGGACAUCCCCCGCUUGCGGUCCCGAAGUUCCGCGAUGAUGCCGGAAGUGCCGCUGAUGGCGCUAUUGAUCGGGGGUGGCGGCAACUUGGCCGGCAGUGGCAGUGGCAGUGUGUCGGCAUCCGCAUCGAAGGAGCGAGGACAACACACCGAUUUGUCUCUAAGAGAUGCGUAUGUACGGACGAACAAACAGACGAACCGAUCUGCAUGGGGUUGCAUUGCGAGGCUGUACAUGGCAUGA